GAGAGAGAGAGCGAGUACCUUUUCUUAUUGCAAAACGUAAAACAUGUCGCAUCAAAGUGGAAUUCGAGUGUCCGAAGAAUUAGCAAAAACGUUUGCGGAUGCCGUCGCUAGUGGCAACACUCGUAUUCUUCGUGUUUCAAUUGUCAAAGAGUCGCUGGAGGCCAAUGGCACCAUUCCUGUCGACGCAUCUUUUGAACAAGAUUACAACAAGGUCCUUGAGUACCUUGAAGAUUCGACACCUUCUUACAUUUUGAUCCGACUCGAUGACAAGGCCAGCACUGGGGAAUACAACUGGCUGCUUGUCAGUUACGUUCCUGACAAUGCCAAAGUUCGCGACAAGAUGCUCUAUGCUAGUACACGUGCCACUUUGACCAAAGAGCUAGGUGACAACCGAUUUACUGAUAGUGUCUAUGGUACUACCAAGGACGAUGUGUCGUAUGAUGGAUAUAAAAAGCAUGUCGCACACAAGAAAGCCGAGGCACCCCUGACACAACGCGAGCGUGAAUUGGCAGAAAUUAAACAGGCAGAGGCCAAUACUGCAUCGGAUUAUCAAGGUUCUAGCUCGAGAAGAACCUAUGCACCCGGUAUUACAUUCCCCUUGACUGAUAAAGCACUCGAUGCCCUGCGGGAUUUGCAGAAAUCAAAAGACGAGCGCAAACACAAUUUUGUAUCCCUGUAUCUAGAAAAAGAAACCGUCGAACUCGACACUGUCUCCGAUGUCUCUAUCAACGCCGUUCACUCAACCGUCUCCGCAAAUGCUCCGAGAUUUACAUUCUACGCACUCACCUGUGAUGGCAACGAAGCUGUCUUGUUCAUCUACACUUGCCCCUCAUCCUCAAAGAUCCGUGAACGCAUGGUUUACUCUACUUCCAAAGCGAACGUCAUCACCAACGCCGAAACUGAAAUCGGUCUCCAAGUGACUAAAAAGCUCGAAACCAGCGACCCAUCCGAUUUGACAGAAGAUUAUUUGUUGGAAGAAGUGCGUCAUAUAAAGGCUUCAGCAGGACAUACAUCUGCUGGGGCGGGUGUUAGUGUUGUCGAGCAGCGAAUCCAGAUGCUCAGUGGACCCAAGCAAGGAGGUUUCAAGCGACCUGUUGCCCCCGGUAGACGAAGACCAGGCGGUACGGGUAGUGUGGCUGCUGCAGUAGCUGCCGCUGCCAACAACAAUAGCAACGAUGACGAUAGCAACAACAACAACAACAACGAUACUACUACGCCUACAUCCUCUACUACGGAUGAAACAGCAUCAAACGAAUAAAUAAAGAAU